CGGAACCGCGCUCAGUAACUGCCAGCACGUACAGUAAGUCGCGCGCGAUUUUCGCUGCUCCGCACAAACUCGGUUUCCGACGUUGAUCGAAUUCAAAUUGUGUGUGUGUGUGGAAGUGAUACAUUGUUAACCAGAGUUAGAGGUGAUAGAAAAUUUUUAACCUUCAGUGAAUUUAGUGAGAGCAAAUUUAAAAAUUAAAAAUAAACGUGGAAUAAAUUCUGUGCAGGAGUAGAUCGACACAAAUCAAAACACCUCCUACACAAAUCGGGCACACUCGGGCCGGCGAGGUUACCCACGUAAAACACCGUCGUAUCUGCCGAGAACUCCGAUCCGGAGAUCCUACCACGCAUCCGAAGGUGAUCGGAUUGGCGUGCCGUGACUGCGAUUAAAAUUGAAUCGAACCAAAACAGCGGAAAAUUUCAUCCCUAACCGAUUUGAAAAAAAAAUAACAAACGAAAACUCCACGAACCUUCACGUCAAACGUCUUCCUAAGAGAAAGCAACCAAUAAGCAAAAAAAAAACAAUAGCAAAAACACACAAACACAUACAACAACAACAAGAACAAGAACGCGAAUACAAAACAAUACGAGAUCGCACAAAACUCGAAACUUUUCCCAAGCAAUAGGAGGCAAACAAAACACACAGUAAUAACUGGAAGAAGACGACGCGGCUCCCGAUCGGCAGUAGAUAAAGUUAUUACAUUUUCCCAAGUGCCACUCGCGUACCGUCGCUGUCUGCCGUUGCCGUCACCAGGGCAGGAUGUCGACGCUGUCGUUGCGAAUCAGCCUCGAGGGAGGACGCGUCACAAAAACCAUCCAGUUCGAUCCGAACACGACCGUGUUCGAUGCGUGCCGGAUCAUCAAGGAUAAAUUUGCCGAAGCGGUUCAGGGACAGGCACAGGAAUUCGGGCUGUUUCUGGCGGAUGAAGAUACCCGACAGGGAGUGUGGUUGGAACCGGCCCGGAACCUAGGCUACUAUCUGCUGAGGAAUCAUGAUCUGCUGGAAUACAGACGGAAACAUCGGAACCUGCGCGUUCGGAUGCUGGAUGGUGCAAUCAAGACGAUCCUGGUGGAUGAUUCCCAGCCCGUGUCGCAGCUGAUGGUGGUCAUUUGCACCAAGAUCGGUAUCACAAACCACGAGGAAUAUGGCUUGGUCCGUGAGGAUCCGGAAUCGCAGAACGAAAAUCUUCCGGAUAACAAAUCGAACAUGGGAACGUUGACGCUUCGUCGGAAGAAUGCCGAGAAGGAACGUGACACCAAGAUGGAAAGUUUGAGGAAGAAACUCCGCACGGACGACGAGAUAAAUUGGGUCGAUGUCGGCAAGACGCUCAGGGAGCAAGGAAUCGACGAAGGGGAAACGGUUUUACUGAGGAGGAAAUUUUUCUACUCCGAUCAGAAUAUCGAUUCGAGGGAUCCGGUUCAACUGAAUUUGCUCUACGUCCAGGCCAGAGACGCUAUUCUGGACGGUACCCAUCCGGUUACGCACGACAAGGCCUGCGAAUUUGCCGGUAUUCAGGUGCAGAUUCAGUUCGGUGAUCACAACGAAGCGAAGCAUAAGCCAGGAUUUUUAGACCUGCGUGAAUUUCUGCCCAAUUCGUACGUACGAGUUAAGAACAUCGAGAAGAAAAUUUUCGCCGAACAUCGACGUCACGUCAGCCUGUCCGACUUGGAUGCCAAAUAUCUGUACACGAAAACCGCCCGAGAAUUGCCAACCUACGGUGUAACGUUCUUCCUGGUCAAGGAAAAAAUGACCGGCAAGAACAAGCUAGUACCACGGUUGCUGGGUGUCACCAAAAGUUCCGUGCUCCGGUUGGAUGAACAUACGAAGGAAAUCUUGAAAACCUGGCCACUGACCACGGUUCGUCGCUGGGGUGCUUCACCGAACACGUUCACACUGGAUUUCGGUGACUAUGCCGAUCAGUACUAUUCGGUGCAGACGACCGAAGCGGAACAGAUCGUGCAGCUGAUCGCCGGCUACAUCGACAUUAUUCUGAAGAAGAAACAAGCCAAGGAUCAUUUCGGGAUCGAAGGGGACGAAGGAUCGACCAUGGUGGAAGAGAGCGUGGCACCAUCGAAGGCAACAUUUUUGCAGCAUGAAGAAACGACUCCAUCGGGCAAGGUGGAAACACAAUCGAUUGCCAAACCGGCCAUCAUGCGCGGAUACGACGGCGAGCGUCCUUACGGAACCGGAGAGAUGCAGUCCAUGCAAUACGGUGCUAUUGUGGGACAGGUCAAUCUGGCGCAUCAACCACCCAUGUUACAGCAAACUCGCAUCAGUUCGGUUCUUUCGGAGCCCCAGCGUGCCCUGGUCGGUUAUAUUUCGGCCGGUCAGGAUGCGAUCAACAAGGCAGAGAAAGAUCUGGAAAGCAAAGCCCAUCUGCCUCCACUGGGAACGGAUCCUGGUUCGUUGCAAUGGCGUGAAGAAACCCUCGACACAUCCAAGCAGACGGUCACGACCCAUUUGGCCACGAUGAAUGCGGCUACGGCUCAGGUUGUGACCGCAUCGCAACCGGAUGAAAUCGAUCACGAUGCCGUGGGUGCUGCCGUUUCGCAAAUCACCCAGAGCAUUCCGGAAGUGACCAAGGAAGUACGCUUGAUUGCGGCACUGAUGGACGAUGAUUGCACCGGCGAUAAGCUGCUGGAGGCAACCAGGAAACUGUGCGCUGCGUUCAGUGAUCUACUGAAAUCGGCCGAACCGGAAAGUAAGGAACCACGACAGAACUUGCUGAACGCUGCUAGUCGUGUCGGGGAAGCCAGUGGACAGGUACUCAGUACCAUGGGAGAGGAGACCAUCGAGAAUCGAGAACUGCACGAUAUGCUACUGGGGUUGGCCAAAGCCGUUGCCAACACAACGGCGGCGUUGGUGCUCAAGGCCAAAUCCAUUGCGGCCGUUACCGAAGAUGAAGGAACUAGAAAUAAAGUCAUUUCAGCCGCAAGUCAGUGUGCACUGGCUACGAGUCAACUGGUGGCAUGUGCCCGAGUCGUCGCUCCGACAAUUCAAAGUCCCGCUUGUCGUGAACAGCUGGAAGCAGCGGCACGGGAAGUGGCCAAGGCAGUCGCUCAUCUGGUGGAGGCAUGCAAUGAAGCAACCGACAAUCCGCAACUUCGUGGAGAUCUGAUGGCCGCAGCUCACGAUGUUUCGAAAACGUUGGCCGAACUGCUCGAACACAUCAAGCUGAGUUCCCGCGAAAAAGCUCGACGGGUUGACGAAAAUCCGGUCGAAGAUGUACUGGUCGCAACAGAUAUUCUAGUGUCUUCUACCGAUCCGCAGGAGAUGAUCCGGCAGGCACAACAGUUGGGAAAAGCCACUGCCCAACUGAUUCAAAGUAUCAAGGGAGAAGCCGAACGGCAGGAUGAUUCCAACAUGCAACGGAAAUUGUUGGAAGCGGCGAAACAAUUGGCGGAUGCAACUGCCCGUAUGGUUGAAGCGGCCCGCCUGUGUGCAGGAAAUCCCCACGAUUCCGGACAUCAGGAAUCACUGCGGGUUGCAGCUGAAGAGCUGAGAGUUAUCACAACAACCACCGCCAACACUCCGGCCAUCAAGCGUAAGCUGAUCAACCGUCUGGAACAGUGUUCCAAACAGGCAGCUUCCGCCGCUACUCAGUGCAUCACCGCUGCCCAGAAUGCCCUAAUCCACAGUAACGAUGUCCAGACGAAGGAAAUACUGCUGCAGGAUUGUCAGGCCGUAGCGGAUCAGAUUCCCCGGUUGGUUGCCGGUGUAAAGAACACUCUUUCCCGUCCGGAUGAUCCGAACGCUCAGCUGGGUUUGAUUGAUGCGGCCGAAAUGUUUCUGGAACCGGGUGCUCAGGUUGCCCAAUCGGCUAGAGAUCUACAGCCGACCGUUAUGGAUCAGGCCGCGUCACAACAACUUUCCCGAUGUGCACUGAAUUUGUCCCAUUCGAUUCAUGAUCUUCGAUCCGCUGCUCACCGAGCUAGGGAAGCUUGCGGCGGAAAUGAACUGGACACUGCACUGGAAGCGGUUCGUAACUUACGCAGCGUUUUGAAUGAUACGCGCCGUGCCGGACAGGAAGGUAAUCUGAGACCUCUUCCCGGAGAGACGGCCGACAGUUGCUUCAAACAGCUAGCCGCUGCCAGUAACAGUGUGGAAUCUUCGCUCUACCAGUUGAUGUCGGCAGUUCAGCAGGGUAAUCGUACUUACGCCGGAGUUGCUGGACGAGAUACCGCGUUGGCCCUGGGAGAGUACACGAAGAGUGUCCGUGGAGUGGUUGCUACCACCAAGAACCCGGUUGUGGUCGACUGUGCCGACGAGGUUAUCGUAGAUUCCAUGCAUGUUAUCGAGGAAGCUCAACGUACCUUGCAGAACUUGGGCAACCAGGAUCAAUUGGUUCAGGCGAUUAAAAGAACCAAGAGUUCACUUGGUAGAACUAUUGACUGUUUCCCGGGGGUGAAGGAUAUCAACGAUGCAUACGAAAAUAUGGCUGAUUUACGUGCGAUUUUGGAUACUGGAGAAUAUCCACCGUCAAGCCGGGCUUUUGGGCAGUUACAGAACGAACUGAAAAGUGCAGCCGAAAAGUUGAACUCUUCGGGAGGUCAGGUUGCCCAGUCGUACGACAGUUCUAUAAAGUUGGCCAACACCAGCCAACACUUCUACCAUUCGUACAAGGAACUACUGACCGUUACGCUGGAAAUGGCAGGACAGACACCGGAAGACCGGGCUCGCGAAGAAAUCGUAAACUCUUUGAGAGGUGUUUCGAAUCAGUCGAUAAGCUUGCUUGGAACGGCGAAGUUCGUGGCGGGCGAUCCGGAUCGACCGAACGCCAAGAAUGAACUUUCCUCGGCAGCUCGGAUGGUUACCGAAAGCAUCAAUCGUCUGGUGGAUGUGUGCACUCAAGCGGCACCCGGACAGAAGGAAUGUGACAGUGCAAUCCGAAGCAUUGAAUCGCUUAGACCAUUGCUGGAGUCAGCUCAGGAACCAUUGACCGAUCAGGGUUAUUUCGAUUGUUUGGAUACGGUCAUGGAGAAAUCAAGAACUUUGGGCGAUGGCAUGACGGGGAUAGCGAACAAUGCCAAGUUAUCGAAGCAUGCCGAAUUUGGACAUUCGGUAGAUUCCGUUUCCGAUUCAAUACGUGGAUUGAUUGAAUCUGCGGGUCAAGCGGCAUAUUUGGUUGGUAUUUCCAAUCCGACUAGCGUUGGAGGUCGUCAGGGAUUGGUGGAUCAAACACAGUUUGCUCGUGCAUCGCAAGCAAUUCGUCAGAGCUGUGAGGUACUGCGAGGACCAGCGUCCUCCCAGCAGCAAGUCCUUUCCGCUGCCACAAUCAUCGCGAAACAUACUUCGGUUUUGUGUAAUGCCUGCCGCAAUGCCAGCUCGACGACUACCAAUCCGGUGGCCAAGCGUCAUUUCGUUCAGGCAGCUAAGGAAGUUGCCAACUCAACUGCGGAUUUGGUUCGAGAAAUCAAAGCUCUGGACAAGGAUUACAGUCCGGUUUCCAGAUCCCGUUGUGCAGUCGCUACCGAACCUCUGUUGGACGCAGUUUCGUCCCUUUGUCAGUUUGCUAAUUCUGCUGAGUUCAUUUCCAUACCGGCUCGUAUCUCAGCGGAAGGAAGGAAAGCCCAGGAACCAAUUCUACUGGCCGGUCGUGGUAUCCUGGAUGGAGCUAUUGACAUGGUAAAAACAGCCAAGGUACUAGCUAUGACUCCGACCGAUCCUCCCGUUUGGCAACAGCUUGCCAUUCACAGCAGAAAUGUAUCCGAAAGUAUUAAGAAAUUAGCUUCCAGUAUCCGCGAGAAAGCUCCUGGACAACUGCAGUGUGAUCAGGUCCUGGAAACGUUGAAGGCAUGCGCCAGAGAUCUUAACUCGGCGGCACUGGCUGUGGGCGUCGAUGGUCUUCCGCAGCGUAAAGAGAACAAUUUGCAAGGAUUCACAAAUCAAUCUUUGAACGCCGCUUCGGAAUUGAUUGAUCGUUUGGAACCCGUUAAGUCGUCGGCUAAGAAAAACGCUGAGAGUUUGGGUCAUGCCGUAAAUCAGAUAGCCAAACAUGCGGUUCCACUGACCAACGGAGUUACUGGGGCUUGUUCGCACGUUGUCCACUCCGGACAGCAAACAAUUAUGAUCGAUCAGGUAAAAUCGGUGAUCGAGUGCUGUUCUCAGUUGGUGCAAGUUGCCAAAAAUGCCGGAGGAAAUCCACGUGCUUCACAUUUACAUCCCGAGCUGGACGAAGCCGUUGAAUCAACUCGCGAAGCUAUUCAGGAACUCAAUGCGACCGUCGAGCGUCUUUCCACCGAAAAUGGAGUCGUCACCGGGCUGAUGGAGCAGAUCUCCCGUUCAAUGUCCCGCAUCACCGACAAACGUCAGUCGUUCCUGGGAGCUUCGCUGAACGAAACCUACGUUGACUAUCAGACACGCAUGGUUCAAUCCGCCAAGGAAAUUGCACGCUACGCAAACGAAAUCAAUGCUAAGGCCGCCGUAGAUCCUUCCAAGUUGGCUCAGCUGUCCGUCGAGAUGACGCAUCAUUACACACAGCUAGCUCAGGAUUCGAUUGGUGCUUCGGCUUUAACGACAUCGCCGGAUGUAGCGAUCCGGAUUCGCAGUACCGUACAGGAUUUGGGCCGGUCCGUUAAUGUUCUGAUCCAGUCGACAGCCGGCAUCCGCAAAGAUGACAGUUCCGGUCUGGUGGAAAUUUCCCGUGGUGCUCGUGAUGUUUCGGAGAAAGUAUCGCAAGUGCUGGCAGCCCUGCAGGCCGGUUCCCGUGGCACUCAGGCCUGUAUCAACGCGUCCAGUACCGUUUCGGCCAUCAUCAGUGAUCUGGAUACGACGAUCAUGUUCGCCACGGCCGGAACACUACACUCCGAGGAUGACGAGAAAUUUUCCGACCAUCGAGAGCACAUCCUGAAGACGGCCAAGGCUUUGGUGGAGGACACCAAGAUUUUGGUUGCCGGUGCGGCUGGCACCCAGGAUCAGCUAGCGGCCGCGGCACAGAAUGCUGUUACGACUAUUUUACAACUGGCGGAAGCGGUCAAGCACGGUGCCGCCUCGCUCGGUUCCAACCAACCCGACUCGCAAGUGAUGGUGAUGAAUGCGGUGAAAGAUGUCGCUGCUGCACUCGGUGAGCUAAUAAACGCUACUAAGCUUGCAUCCGGUAAACCCAUUAACGACCCGGCUAUGAAUGAUUUGAAAGAUAGCGCUAAGGUCAUGGUGAUGAACGUCACCUCGUUGCUGAAAACUGUUAAGGCGGUCGAGGACGAACACACGCGGGGUACCCGCGCAAUGGAAGCUACCGUCGAUGCCAUUUCCCAGGAGAUCCGCGGCAUGCAGUACGCUCCGGAUAUGCACCGGGCCAGCAUGCAGCAACUGGCACGACCGGAAGAUCUGAUCACGGUUACGAAGCACGUCACGGCGGCCACGGCCAAAGCAGUGGCGGCCGGUGCCUCCAAUCUACAGGCGGACAUUGCGGCGGCGGCCAAUCUCGGACGCAAAACCAUCUCCGACAUGUUGGCCGUGUGCAAAUCGGUCGCUUGGUCCUGUGCCGAAACACAGGAACUUCGCCAGAGAACGCUCGAUGCCGGAUCGGCCGUUGCCAUCGCCUAUCGGGAUUUGCUGGAGGGAGUACUUGCGCACUGUAACGCCGACGAACGGAUGCAUCUGUCGAGGCGCGUUGCCAAAUGUGUUACGGAUUUGGUCGGCAUGGCACAACUGCUGAAAGGAUCGGACUGGGUGGAUCCCGAAGAUCCGACGGUGAUUGCCGAAAACGAACUGCUCGGAGCGGCUGCCUCCAUCGAAGCCGCUGCCAAAAAGCUGGCCAGUUUGCGACCUCGCCGGCAGGCUGAAGUUAAGGAAACGGACGAGAACCUGAACUUUGACGAGAUGAUUCUGGAGGCGGCCAAGGGAAUCAUGGCUGCCUCGUCGGCAUUGGUUAGGGCAGCGAACGCUGCCCAACGCGAACUGGUCGAUCAGGGAAAGGUUGCCCGCCGUCCGCUGACAUCGUCGGACGAUGGCCAAUGGUCGGAAGGAUUGAUAUCAGCCGCUCGGUUGGUGGCGGCGGCCACUCACAGCUUGGUGGAAGCUGCACAGCACUUCGUACAGGGAACUGGCACUGAAGAGAUGUUGAUUUCGACAGCCAAACAAGUAGCCAGUUCUACUGCCCAGCUGUUGAUCGCGUGUAAAGUUAAAUCUGAUCCCAAUUCAGAAACUGGGCGACGGCUACAGGCGGCCGGAAAUGCUGUUAUCAAAUCGACCGAUAAGUUGGUACAAGCGGCACAGCAAGCGAUUGAAGGGGAAGAGGAACACACUCUUAGAUUGAACAGAAAUAUGGUUGAUGGAAUGGCACAGGAAAUUAACGCCCGGUCCGAGAUUUUAAUGCGCGAACGACAGUUGGAGGAAGCAAAGAACAAACUGAUCGCCAUUCGUCAUGCCAAGUAUCGACAGAAACUAGCCGGUGGUUUCACCACCGACAGCAGCGAUGAGGGUGGCAUCCAACCACCUACCUUUACCGGUUAUCAAACUCCUUCUCCGAAGCCACACACCUUACCAAAACCAGGUUCCUACUCACCGUCACCGGUUGCGGGUGCUCAACCGUCUGCCACCGGAACGUUUCCUCGUCAACAGCAUUCUCAAUCUGCCGCGGGCACAAACACAAGCGGCACAACCUUCCAAAGAUCACCGCUACUGACGGCCAAUGCCGUACCAAAACCGUACCAGUCGGACAGUCUCAAAUCACCGACGGCACUGGUGUCACCGUCGAUCCUGAAUCGAUCGUACGAAACCACCCGGGUGGAAAAUUCCAACCUGAACGCAAGCAAAUUCAACCGAGCACAGUUCGAUUCCACCGUACAGGACCUGCAGAACAAGGUCCAACCGUUGAGCACGUUCCGUGGAUCACCGAAUCAGAUGCAACAGCAGCAAACCAACUACGGCACCAUCGGAUCUACUAGCACAACUGUCACAAGCAAUGGAACAGCAGCGGCACCACAGAACUACGAAGGAUUUACUUCAAGAUACGAAACCCGUGUAUUCCCAACUGCCUCUACUAAUCCAGCCCCUAAUACCCUAAUCAAUGUCGAGCAGCAGUUCGCUAAACUAAACCUAGAGAAUCACCAGCAACAGCAGCAGCAGCAAUUGCAGCAACACUUGUACCCUCCGCAACAUCAACUGCAACAACUGCAACAACAGCAACAACAGCAACAACAGCAACAGCAGCACCUCCUACAACAACAAUUCAGUAGCAGCAGUAGUUUUAGUAAUCACAAUCAGCAAUAUCGCACCAGCCCACUAAACACCAGCACCGCAUCAGUACCCAUUAGUGGCAGUAGUAAUAACCAUCAUCUACCAACUAGUAGUAACAAUGGUACACUUAAUCUACUCGACAGCAGUAACAGUAACAGCAAACUGGAACAGCGGAUUGCCUCCUCCAGUCAGUCCACGCAGCAACAACAUCAGCAACAACAACAACAGGUCAUAACCAAAAAGAUUCACAUGACCACGUCCUCGUCGACGAUGAAAACCACGAGCAGCAGCAGUUCCAGUGGAUGGAAGUAAAAGUUCAAGUUGAGAUAAAACCGGUAGUUUGUUGUAAUUUUUUGUGGUGAAAAUCCGUUACUAGAUGUAUAGCUGAGCGACCGAAAAAAAAACCGCGAUCGGGAUAAAUAUUAAUGCCCCAAAUGUGCCUGUUGUAUUGUCGGAUUAAUUAUAUUGUAUUAGUAAAACUAGAAAUGGUUCAAAUCGAUAGCUUCCAUUGCGUCGGGGAAAAAAAAAGAAAGUUUUAACAAUUGUAAAUUUCAUUUUUUCAUUUGGGAAAGAGAACGCAAACAUUAAUCGAGCUUCGCCGUAAGCUCGACGACCUAACUUAGAAGCAUAGACUUAAAACUUACUCCUAGGCGAAGGGAGAAUAAAAAACAAAUGGAAAAAUAGUAGUGCCUCCUUGCGUCUUAGUGUCAAAAAUGUUAUUAUUCAUUGCAAAUGAAAACCGCCGUUUUGUCCAGGAAUAGGAACAAAAUCACACAAAGUGCCACAAAAAUCACAGUUUUUUUUUUGGUUUUCGAGUUUUCGAUUAGUAAAUAAUUUGCGUGGAACCAUCCAAAUUUAACUAGGUUUGAAUGCAAAUGUUUUCGCAGUGCCGAGUUUCUACACCACUAACGUGCCUCUUCCGAAAUCGAAAAACCGAAAAUGUUUCUCAAAUCAAAAGUAUACCAUUAUUAAAAAUUGAAACUAAACUAAACACCGUUUGCCUUUCUUGAAAUAACAAAACAUUGAAAAAUUAAAAUAAAAAAAAAACCGCGAAAGACGCGAAAGUUUUUUUCCGAUAACUAUAUUAAAUGCCAACAUGAAAUGAGUGCCAUUCUCUUCGUUUGUGUGCGUUUUGAAGAAAUUUUAUAGAAAUACGACGAUGAAGAAGAAAAAAAAACGCACAUUUAUUUUUUACAAAAUACAUUACUAAGUAGCAUUUGCCGGGUUUCAGAAACUGCUGCUAACGAAGAGAACUAAUUUAUUGCAAUCAAAACAAAACUGUAUAGUACUUUUAUAAACAAAACAAAAACUAUAUACUGUUUGUUAAAUAACAACAAAGCCAAAUUUGACAGCGUGUAAAAUAGUGCAGCGAGCUCGCGACCGUUCGUUUUUUAUUUUACAAAAACAAGCAAAAGCAAUUUUAGAAAAAAAAAACUUUAACCGAUUCAAGCCAACGCAGCAGAAGAAAAGUAACUACAUAUAGUAAUAGCAUGAAGCAUAAAGAAUAACGAAACGGAAGUAGAUGAGUAUUUUAUUUUAUUUUAACAUUUAACUGUAACCGAAUGAUCGAACCGAUCGAACGGUACAGAGCAGAGUAACAAUUUAUUUUUCAAUACCCGUACAUGUUUCACCUAAUCGCUAAAGAGAAAAACGCAAAGCAACGCAGUAUAAUACAAUACGAGUAAAUUUUAACCAAUAAAGUGCUUUAGUCCAAAAAAACAA